AUGAGUCCGGUAUCAAUGCUGAUUACCAUUGACAAUGAUAUUAUCACGGCACCAAAGGCCUUCGCCUCACCUCAAUCGGCAUUUCAUCUGAAUCCAUUAUCAAUCACUAAGAGCCUCAUGAUCAAGCUUCAGCUGUCUCUCAUCUUACCGAGUUACACCCGUCCCCGUGUCAUGUCGUAUUCUAUAGUGAGGCCAGGCGCGGGAACUUGUUGGAGAGACCUCAGGGGCUAUGUCACCCGUAGUAUUGGGCGGGGAUUACUCACGGCAGAUUAUUUUUGGCUCCAAAACAAGCUUUCCGUGGUCCGCCUCACGCCCCGGAAGCCGGUAGAGCUGGGUUUUGAAACAAUCGUCCAGGGCCCAAUGCUGUUUUUCGCUGUCGACUUCAUGUGCAGCAGGCCUGUGACAUGUACGUUGCGAACCGAUAGAGGCGCGAUUGAUCAAGGAGACGCCGACAAACAUCGAUCAAAAGAAGUCAACAGUGGAAACACUCCGAAAAAAACUAGUCGAGGUUCGUGCGAUCUCAAGUUCCCUCAACCCAAAAUCGACCAGUUACUUAGAAGAAGGAUGAGAGACGAUACCGUAAGCAAGGAAGCUCUUCAAGCGAGGCAAGACAGCGAAAAUGAGAAUGAGCCAGAUGAGAAGGAUGACGAUUGCGAUGAUGACGACGAUGAGAAAAAAUGCACGAGAACAAGAAAUGGGCAGCAUAGCACAGCGACAGCGACCCAGACACAAGCACAACCAUCGGCAACUACUACGAGUCUACCAAGUAGUGCGCCCGCUCCUCCUUCAUCGACAACAAAUGUUCCAUCUUCUUCCCCUCUCCCAUUACCACCACUGCCACCGCAGCCAUCAACCCUGGUAACAUCGACGUUGAGCGUUGUUCUAUCUUCAACCACAAUUCCUCCAGUGACAGAUGCCUCGACAUCUAGUACACCUCUUGCGGCAGAGACAUCGACGCUAUCAUCCAGCGUAAUUCCACUGCCAUCAAGUUCAUCACCGACAACUAGUUCAUCAGUGGCAGGUGCCCCGGUAACAACCGCGUCACCACCGCCUACACAAGCUAGUACCAGCUCGAACAACGCCGGUAGGACAACUGGAAUCGUCUUUCUGAUUCUCGCCUUUUUCGGUCUGUUUGCAGGCUUCUUUCUUUUCAGGAGGUGGAGGAGUCGCCGUCAAGCCCGUAGAAAUGAAAAAACGAAAUCCAUCAUGGGAGAACCACCAGCUCCCCCUCGCCCGGACAGACCUGAUAGAUUUGAAGGCCCUGGUCUUCCCCCGCUGACCUCUAAUCCCCCCAUGGUGUCACUUCCGCCUCCGCCUCCGAUCCAGCGAUCCCUUGGUCAGCCACCUCCCAGAUCAUCAGGUCUCCGCGACUCGUCGACAUCUAGCAGAUAUGCCAUAGGAACGGGUCCAAGUUCACAAACGCAACAAUCACUAGAUCAGAGCGCCUCCGUCAUAACCGAUGCCGUACCCGCACCGCGAGAGGAGAAGCCGCAAGCGACUUAUGCGAUCCCUGCAUUCUUCCAAUCCGCAAUAGAACGAAGACAGAGAAAUGCAGCAAUGGCGCAGGCACGGGUAGAGAGCUGGCCUCCCCCUCCGUAUAUCGGGAGAAAGGAACCGAGGACAACUUCCUUGCGAGGGAUGAUGUCAAGGUUUUCUAGACCAUCGAAUGCGCCCACACUGUCACCAAUGUCGUCUACGGAGCAGCAAACAUUCUCAACUGUCUCCCAGGAAUCCUUGAUCAUUCCUUGGCGAAGCUCCACCAGCUCAAGUAACUCUAGCUUGUCAAGCGGCUGGGGUGACGGGCCUCCAAUACCUACGCCUGUUUUGGUUGCGGAGAAACCCUUGAUCGGUCGCAAAAUUUACAUGACCGCGGUGAAUCGGGGCAGUGAAGUGGCGCCUAUUCAGGAGAUGCCGAGACAAGUCGUAUGA